AUGUGUUUGAAUCGCAAGGAGAUGGUUGCAGCAGCCAGUGGUCACACUGUGGUGUUAGUAGACCAGUCAGAUGAAAUCCUUAAAAAGUCUACAAAAGGAAUUGAAGAGAGUUUGAAGAGAGUGACAAAGAAGAAAUUUGCAGAUAAGCCUGAGGCUGGCGCUGAGUUCAUUGAGAAGACCUUAAAGAACCUCACAACAAGCACAGAUGCAGUAGCAGUGGUCCACAGCACAGAUCUGGUGAUAGAAGCCAUUGUGGAGAACCAGGAAAUUAAAAAUGAACUCUUCAAGAGGCUGGAUAAAUUUGCUCCGGAGCAUACGAUAUUUGCAAGCAACACUUCAUCCUUGCAAAUCACGCAGUUGGCUAACUCAACCACCAGGCAGGACCGAUUUGGUGGUCUCCAUUUCUUCAAUCCUGUGCCUAUGAUGAAGCUUGUGGAGGUCAUCAAGACUCCAAUGACCAGCCAAAAGACUUUUGAAUCACUUGUGGAUUUCAGUAAAGCAGUAGGAAAGAGUCCUGUCAGUUGUAAGGAUACUCCAGGGUUUAUUGUAAACCGUCUCUUGGUGCCAUAUAUGAUGGAAGCUGUUCGACUUUUUGAGAGAGUGCGUGCAGAGUCGGAAGGUACUCGUUACUUGUGUGGGAAAUUUCUGGUGGUGGAAAAUGUUUCUGAUUUGGGGAUGACAAG